UCACUGGUUUCGAUGGUUGGUGUGUCAGAAUAUCAAGGUGACGUGUCCAAUAUUUUUCGUGUAUUUUACAUAUAAUAUUUCAAAAUGAAUGCUUUUAAACGUGAUAAAAAAGAAGAAGAAGAAGGUGGUGGAAAUCCUUUCCAAAACUUGGAAAAGACAACAGUACUCCAAGAGGCACGCACAUUUAACGACACCCCGGUGAAUCCAAGAAAAUGUGCUCAUAUUCUUACCAAAAUUUUGUACCUGUUGAAUCAGGGAGAACAAUUAGGUACUACGGAAGCAACGGAAGCAUUUUUUGCGAUGACAAAAUUAUUCCAAUCUCGAGAUGUGGUGUUGAGACGUUUGGUUUAUUUGGGCAUCAAAGAAUUAAGUUCUCUGGCAGAAGAUGUGAUUAUUGUUACGUCCAGUCUUACAAAAGAUAUGACUGGAAAGGAAGAUUUGUAUAGAGCUGCUGCAAUAAGAGCUUUAUGCACUAUUACCGAUGGUGGUAUGUUAGCAGCUAUUGAACGUUACAUGAAACAAGCAAUUGUUGAUCGUUCUCCAGCAGUAUCCAGUGCUGCAUUGGUUUCAUCACUUCAUUUGACUAGUGUAUCCAGUGAUAUUGCUAGAAGAUGGGCUUACGAAGCUCAAGAAGCAUUAAAUUCAACCAAUGUAAUGGUACAGUAUCAUGCUUUAGGUGUUUUAUAUCAAGCAAGGAAAACGGAUAAACUUGCAGUUAUCAAAUUAGUAGCUAAACUUAUGAGAACUAGUCCUAAGAGUCCAUAUGCAGCUUGUAUGUUGAUAAGAAUGGCAUGUAAACUCUUAGAAGAUAUGGAAGAAGGAGAAGAUUCGAUGCUAGGAUUCAUCGAAUGCUGUUUACGUCAUAAAUCAGAAAUGGUUGUUUAUGAAGCAGCCCAUGCGUUGGUUAAUUUUGGAAAAAGUGGUCUUAAAGAAAUUGGAUCUGCUAUCAGUGUACUACAAUUAUUCUGUGGAUCUCCUAAACCAGCUCUUAGAUUUGCCGCUGUUAGAACUUUGAAUAAAGUUGCUAUGACUCAUCCAGCAGCAGUUACUGCAUGUAAUUUGGAUUUAGAAAAUUUGAUCACGGAUUCCAAUAGAUCUAUCGCUACUUUAGCUAUUACAACACUUUUGAAAACUGGAGCAGAAAGUUCUGUGGAUCGUUUGAUGAAACAGAUCGCUACUUUCGUAUCGGAAAUUUCAGAUGAAUUUAAAGUUGUUGUCGUACAAGCAAUAAGAGCUUUGUGUCAAAAAUUCCCACGCAAGCAUACAGUUUUAAUGAAUUUCCUUUCUGCAAUGUUAAGAGACGAAGGUGGUCUUGAAUAUAAAGCAGCUAUAGCUGACACUAUCAUAGCUGUUAUGGAAGGAAAUGCCGAAGCCAAAGAAGCAGGCUUAGCACACUUGUGUGAAUUUAUAGAAGAUUGUGAACACAUUUCCUUGGCAGUUCGUAUAUUGCACCUGCUGGGACAAGAAGGACCAACAUCAAAACAACCAUCCAGAUAUAUUCGUUUUAUUUAUAAUCGCGUAAUUCUUGAAAGUGCAAGUGUACGUGCUGCAGCUGUAACAGCAUUGGCACGUUUUGCUGCUGCAUGUCCACCACUUCUUCCAAACGUCCUUGUACUUUUGUCUCGUUGUCAAUUAGAUUCCGAUGACGAAGUUCGCGAUCGUGCCGCAUAUUAUUGUACUAUUUUACAAGAACAAAACGAUCCAACUGUAUUACCAUUAAUACAACCACCACUUUUCUCUGUACCCAGUUUAGAAAGAGCUUUACGGAAUUAUAUGAAAACACCUAUGGAAGAACCAUUCGAUAUUUCUGAGGUACCACCAGCACAAACGAUAGAGGAACCAGCACAAGUAGAAAUACAUACAACUAUCAAACCACAACAACCACGUUUGACGAGAGAAGAAAGUUUCAUUGAAAAAUUAUCUCAAAUUCCACCAAUAGCGAGUAUUAUUAGAGGAUCAUCUCUUCUUAAAUCUUCAUCUGUAUUUGAAUUAACCGAAUCUGAAACAGAAUACAACGUGAAAUGUAUCAAGCAUACGUUCGCCGAACAUCUUGUCUUGCAAUUCGAUUGUAUUAAUACACUGUCUGAUCAAUUCUUGGAAGAUGUUAAAGUGUCCAUUGAAGCAAACGAAUAUUACACCGUUCUAUGCGAAGUACCCUGUCCACGUCUAUCGUAUAACGAACCAGGAACAACAUACACAGUAUUAGCUUAUCCAGAAGAUGUUCAUGCAAGUGUUGCAACCAUGCCAACAACUCUUCGUUUUAUGGCACGCGAUUGCGAUCCUACAACAGGUGUUCCAGAUACUGAUCAGGGUUAUUGCGACGAAUACAUGCUGGAAGAUUUGGAAAUUACCAUAGCCGAUCAAAUCCGAGGUGUAGGAAGUAGGGGAGUAGAUUUCGGUGCACUCUGGGAUGCGUCUGCUGCUAAAGGUUAUGCUAAAUUGGAAGAAACAUUUGUUUUAGGCGAUACAGUAACAAGUUUAGAAGGAGCUAUACAAAGUCUUACAGGAUUUUUAGGAUUAGAAGCUGUAGAACGUAGCGAUAGGGUGCAUCCAGGUUCCGCGUCGCAUAAUCUAUUGUUAAGUGGUGUUUUCAGAGGUGGUAAAGAAGUACUCGCACGUGCAAGACUAGCACUCUCAGAUAAUCAAGUAACGAUGCAAUUGACGGUUCUAUGUCCAGAUCCGGAUGUUGCUGAAUUAAUUGUUUCCUCGGUAGGAUAAAUCUAAGCGUAAUUUUUCUAGAAAAUAAUAUAUGUAUAUGUAUAUUAAUUUGUUGCAAAGUGGUUUUUUUAAUUGAAAAAAAAAAUGAUAAUUCAAUAGCAAGCGAUAAAUAUUCCAUCACAAUUGUUCCAUUUUAUAUAUGUAUAACACUAUUUUAUAUGAUAAUAAUUAAUAACAGUGAACUAAUUGUUAUCAAUCUUUCAACAUUGUAUGUAUUAAUAGAAUGUGUUAUAAAUAUCUAAUGAAUCCCAUUGCAUUUAGGAAAUUAGAAAGCAAUUAUUAAUAGAAUAAAGAUAUGAUUUGUAAUUAUA